AGGAGUGCUUUUUCGGGUGGUGAUCAAUUCCCCGGUUGAAGAGCGACCCCGCGGAACGGGUUGAAUUGAAGGGCGAUUCGCGAUGGUGCCGUCGCGGUGCGUGAAGAGCGAAUACAUGAAGCGCUUUAAGGAACCGAAAUGGGAGGCAUGCGGCCCCUGCUACCAGGAGUUAUUGCGCUAUCGCCUGAGCCGACGCCUCUUAGAACAGGCGCAUCGGCCUUGGUUUUGGGAUGAUUGGGAACAGGAUAGCAGCCUGAGCGGAAGCGGCGGCAGCGGGAGCUCCCCAUCGUCCCUGGGCACUUCCAGCCCUCCAGUUGUCCGACAGCAAGAAGAGGAAGCGGCAGGUCCGGCGGGGGGAACGGAAGUACCCAGCGGCGACCUUGGUCUCGACGGGGUCAGUGCGCCUGGAGAUGGUGAGGCUUCCAGUCCGGCGCCGGCGGAGCCCCCCAGCGGACCCGAGGGAGAUGGCCAAGAAAAAUCCGAAGGGAAGGCUGUGGUCGAGAAAGAUGAAAGGAAACCAGCAGGGAAAGGAAUCGACAGUUCAACAAGUUGUCCGCAAAGACAGCCUUUGAGUCAGAGGAGUGCCUCGGGUGGGCAACGUGACAGAAAAGGAGCGAAAAGCCCACACAGGACAGAAACAACAUUGGGCAUAAAACACCCAUUUGCUUUGUAUGGCUGGGGUGAAAAGCAGACUGAUACAGGCAGUCAGAAGACGCACAAUGUCCGUGCAUCUGCUUCAGUAAAUGAAAUACAUGAAUCUGCAUUAAGAGCAAAGAACAGAAGACAAGUGGAAAAAAGGAAGCUAUCACAGAGACAGAUACACACAGUAGAAGUAGAAAGAACAUGGAGAACCAAACCUUCAGGUCCAGACAAUCCAUGGAUGACAGAAUACAUGAGGUGUUACUCAGCACGAGCUCGGUGAUUCAAACCAUAAUUAGACUUCUCCUUUUUAAAAAUUCAGAGCGCAUUGGAAAACAACUGGGACACCAGUAGAAAACUCCAACUAUUAUGCAAGGGUUUCUCAUUUUUUACAAAAGGGUUUUUUCCAGCAGUUUGUUACGUUUAUUUAUAUUUUGACUACUUAACCUUUGCAGUAGAAGAGAAAAAAAGGAUCCAUAUUGAUGGGAACUAUGUUUACCAAUAUAGCUCCCUUACUAGCAUUAUUUAUUUAUUUAUUUAUUAAGGAAAGUGUCAAGAAUUGACCUUCUGCUGAAAAACUAAAAUUAACAAUAAACUUUUAAAUAAAGUAAUUCAAUAUUUUCUGGAAAAUGCUUUUUUCCCUACAGUUACUGAAUAUACCAAUCUUGUGCCAAUAGAAAAGUGGUUGCACUAGAGUUACAUUGAAAGCAUCCAACUUUCAAUGCAAUUUAUUGUAAAAAAUCUCAUGAAAACUUGACAGCAAUUUGUUUUUUCUGGACAAAUGAAGGUCUCAUUAAAUUAUGAAUGAGCUGAUUGGCAAUAAUUUAUAUCAGGACUGCACACUUUACAAACUAGCAAGUAAAGAACAAUGCUUUAUGGGGGCUGACCACUGGAUUCCUUAGACAACUUGUUCUUUCUCUGGAGCUGCAAAAAUGAGGUUGUCAUUUACCUGACUUAAUAAAUCACAAGGAAGACUAAAAGACAUGAGUAUAUGGGCUCUUGCAGAGAUCAUCUGUCAAGGACCUAGACCUGGAAAUGCUAGAAGCAUUUUUAGAAUAUAGGAAAUUCUUCCCUUUUGAUAAAUGUAUAGUGACCUUUGGGGUUUACAUUUCUGUUGUAGAUGUUGUGACUAUACGAAAUUAGAUAUUUUGGCGCAAUAGAUUAUCUAUCCUGUGACUGUGUUUUGAAACAUUUGCUAUCAUGAACCCAUUGUACCAAAUGACAGAUAAAGACAAUCAUUAACUAUGAUGGGCCAAUUAGUUUGUAGAAAGUAACAUGGCUUUGUUAUUUAAACUUUUUUUUGUAGUAGUAAAAUGCUUCCUUUUGGGUGGUCUUAAAUGAAUUCAGUGAACAGUUUUGUUAGAUAAGGCUUCUGCACAGUGACUUUUACAAAAUUAGAACUCUGAAUUUGUUUCAUUUGCCUGUCUAAUCAAGCUGGGGUAUAUAUUCCACUUCAAGACUCAGGUGACAUUGCGAAUUUUGCUGUACUCAAAUGUAUCACAUAUUUCUGGUUUUUUAAAAGUGAUUUUCUAUAAUUUAGAGGAAGAAGCCAUUGGCAAUCAUGAGAAUACAACAAAUAUGACAGACUGUACCACACAGAGUGAGACUACCUGUGGUUUUUAACUUUGAAAUAAAAGUUUUUUCAGUCACAGUAACUAUUUCCUCAGAUCUUGAAAUAUUUUGGCUUUAGAGAUAUAGCAAGGGCAGAUCUUUGUACAACUGACACUAAUCACCAACAGUAAGACUUUUAAUAGCUCAUUUUUCAACUCUUUUUUGCUUAGAACAAAUUCUUCGUUCUGAAGAAUAGGACAGAUAUAUUUAUUCAUUAUUCAAAAUCUUGCCUUUUCUCCAGGAUCUAAGAAAAAGCCUGCAUUCAUAGCAUUGUCUUUCUAUUUUUUCCUGUGAAUCACCCUGUGGGUGAGGGGCUGAGAGACACUGACAGGCUCAAAGUAAUCCAGUGCGCUUCCAAUGAUGGGGGAAUUGAAACUGAUUUCUAGUCCAACACUUCAACCACUAUACCACUAGUGUCAUUUUACCUCUUCUAUAGUUGUAUGCAUGUAGCUUUAUUUCCAGCUUUAGGUAGAUUUAGUUGGGCUUUUUGUUGGAACGGUAAUUUGUUUCCUCAGUCUUUAUAGUAUCCCUUCAGUGUACCAAAUUAAUGAAUUUGAACUGUAUGUGGCUUCAACAUAAAAUGACUGGGUCUAAAGUUCAAGUUUAUAUUUUGCCAAAACAGUAUCACUCAUGCACCACAGAGAGGCUAGGAAAUGACUAGAAUCCUAAGAUUUGCAAAAAUAUCACAAAAACCACACCCCAAAGGGCAUCUUCAACACAAGCUCUUUGAGAACAGAGCAUGUUCUGUAACUAUGCACUGUUGAUUAGGAAGAAGUGGGAACAGAAGGAAAAAAAUAUCUGGAAAAACAGAACAUCGGGGCCCAGCUUGAACAAUGUUUCAAUCUGCUGAUUAGAUGGAUUAUUUUUGUUUACUAAGCUUUAGUAUGGGAACAGUCAUAAAAUAAAGUAUGUAAUUUUUUCUCUCUACCUACACUUAAAGGUUGAUUUAUGCAAUUGUGGUUCUUCUGAACAGUGUGUGGCUUUCAGUUGACAAAUGCAUGGAACUUGCAAAUGACACUUUAGUAUUUCCAGAAGUGUAUAUAUCAACUAUUCCAAUUUGACAUGUACUUUAAUAUAACGUGCAGUAUAGCUAUUUGCCUUUGUAUGUUCCUGUGUCCAAAUAUUUUCCCAUAUUUCAGUUGAACAAUCAUCCUUUUAUUUAAUGCAUUUCUUAGUCACUUUUGAAGAGUGAAGUCUUCCCUAACUGGAGCAACUGACCACGAAUGAAUGCUCUGAUUUUUUCUCUCUCUUUACUCUUUGUUAAAGAGUGAAUGUCUUUAACAAAUGAUUAAAGUUGUUUUCUCUCUCCAGCUUCUUGCAUGAAGUUUUAUAUUUAUCAUUUAUGCUCUGGUAAGCCAUAAUAUAUACAUAUGUACAUAUAGACUAGAGCACUAAGAUUAGUGUUGGAGGGUUAAAAUACAGUACAGGUAGUAAAUUAUUCAGAUUUUAGGUGUCUAGAAGUUUCCUCUUGUGCCAACCUUAAUACCAGCAGAAAAAUAACAGUGGAUGUACCACAGUAUCCCUGGUGUUUGAAACACAGGCAUUCUCCUCAAAACUGCUACAAAAUCUUCCUUGCUAGGUGCAUCCUCCCCACCCCAGCAGUGGUGCCUGCUUCACUUGGAAACCACUAAUAUUAGGAAAUGCAUUUAAAGUGAAAUCUAGGUAUCUACUGGAACCUUUGUUUAUUCCAGAAUGGCAUUAAAGAUGACCCGUCUGUUUUUUCUCUAGGUGCACAGAGAAAGUAAUCUUGUCUGAGACACAGCAUUCUGUAUUGGCUCAUGGAAGUACAGCAUAUACUGUACUGAUAUCACUCCUUAUGUCAUGAGUACUGAUGGCGAGCAGGAGGGGGCCUCUAUCCAGGGGGGAAAAUGCAUGUGUAGUACUGAGGAGUUAAGCAGCCAUUCAAAGAGACACAGAUCAGACCCGCCUUAACUUUUGGGGUUUAUCUAUCUGGGUUUUUUCCCACGCUUCUUCAGUUUGUUAGGAUUGUUUUAUGUAGCAGUAAUAAACACUAGAGACCUACUCCUCGUCUCAGCGUGAUUUCUGACUGUUAGGACACUUUUCCAAGUAAUAUCAACAUUGGGAGGAAUGAUAUAUGGGCUGUAUCAGGUUGUGAUUUAAGAUUAACUGGACCAAGGUAAUAGCAUAAUUCUUCAGGAAGCAUAGCUCGAAGUCAAACUGGUCUGUAGUGAGGGGCUGGUUCCUGAGUCCUAGGAAUUGCUGAUCAAAGCGAGGGUACUUGGCUGCAAAGCCAUAAACUCAACAGUCACUGUCCCCAUGUGCAAUCAAUUUAAAAAGCGGGGGGGGAAGGGGGGAGGUUAGAAAUCAGAGGUAAAAGUUUUCUCAAUUAUUGAGAGCACUGAAAUCACUUUAAAGCCUGGAAAAAUUAAGCUUGAAGCAAUAUGUGACUUGGAAUAUGUUUCUACAUGGUAUGUUUUUCUAAUAUUUUUGUGUUCUUUAUAACUGUAUUAGCCAUGACUUUGAAUAUGUGAAUAAAACUGACUUGAAAAAAUAA